UAUGCCGGAUUGCCGGGGCAGCGCAUAACGCAUGUUACGAUUCGUCGUCGUUCUCGUCGUUUUACUUACGCAUCGGAAACUUAUUUCACAAGUCUUUGAAAUUAUCCUGGCAGGAAAUAUGCCGCUUAUUUCUACGAGGACAAUGUUCAAUCCCGUGUUGAGGCAAACUUUCAGACAAGUUAUCUCUACGAAACAGUUGCCGAAAUGUCAACAUCGUUAUCAACUGAAUAGUCAGCUGUUUCUACCAAUCGUUACCAGCCAGAGAUUCUAUGCGGAUAAACAAGUAUACAGUCGUGACAAACCACAUUGCAACGUAGGCACUAUUGGCCAUGUGGAUCAUGGGAAAACAACUUUAACAGCCGCCAUCACCAAAGUAUUAUCGGAGAAGGAACUAGCAACAGCCAAAGGAUACAGUGAAAUCGACAAUGCCCCUGAGGAGAAAGCUCGUGGCAUUACCAUCAACGUUGCUCAUAUCGAGUACCAAACAGAAAACCGUCAUUAUGGUCACACGGAUUGUCCAGGCCAUGCGGAUUACAUAAAAAAUAUGAUCACGGGUACAGCACAGAUGGACGGUGCUAUAUUGGUGGUUGCAGCCACUGACGGUACAAUGCCACAGACCAGAGAACAUUUGCUUCUCGCUAAACAAAUUGGUAUCCAACACAUUGUCGUAUUUAUCAAUAAGGUCGAUGCUGCUGACUCAGAGAUGGUGGAAUUGGUGGAAAUGGAGGUUCGGGAAUUGUUUUCCGAGAUGGGUUACGACGGUGACAAUAUUCCUGUGGUGAAAGGCAGUGCUCUUUGCGCGCUUGAAGGAAAGAACCCCGAGAUAGGUGCACAAACUAUCCUGCAAUUAUUGCAAGAGGUAGACAAAUAUAUUCCGACUCCGCAAAGAGAUUUGGACAAGCCGUUCUUACUGCCGGUGGAAAACGUGUAUUCGAUUCCUGGACGAGGUACCGUGGUCACUGGUAGGCUGGAGCGUGGGAUAUUAAAGAAGGGAAUGGAAUGUCAACUUAUCGGUUACAACAAAGUCCUCAAGAGCACAGUCACAGGUGUAGAGAUGUUUCACAAGAUAUUGGAGGAAGCCCAGGCUGGAGAUCAGCUUGGCGCUCUGGUAAGAGGGUUGAAGAGGGACGAGAUCAAGAGAGGUAUGGUGAUGUGCAAACCUGGUACCAUGAAGGCACAUGAUCACGUUGAAGCUCAGGUGUACAUAUUGAGCAAGGAAGAAGGUGGUCGCAAGAAACCCAUUUCGAAUUUAAUUCAAUUCCAAAUGUUCUGUAAAACGUGGGACGUUGCGGCACAGUGUACGAUAGUCGGAAAAGAUUUGGCUAUGCCGGGAGAGGACUGCACGUUUGCAUUAAAAUUGAUAAGGCCAAUGGUACUCGAGAAGGGACUACGCUUUACCCUACGAGAUGGAAUGACCACACUAGGAACUGGUGUCAUCACCAAGACAUUGAAAUCGCUCACGGAAGCGGAGCGAAUGGACCUCCUCGAGGGUAAGAAGGCGCUAGAGAAGAAGCAGAAACAAAAACAGUAGAUUCGAAAAAGUAUUUCCGACGUCUGAUGAAACAGAGUCGUUGACGUGCUGUCGAAAGAGAAAGUAUCCGAGCUCGAAUUUUUAUCGAAACCCCUUAUCUGAUAGAUGCGCAAGCUAUAUAUUAGUACAGCGCAUAUUAUUCUUUACAUGAUAACGAAAAUUCAGUUGUAUAUUUAAAAAAAGUACUUUUUUUAAAUAUAUUUUUACUGCAUCACACGACUUGUAGUACUGUUGUAAUUUAGUAGUUGGUCCGAAUAAGACAGCGCGAUGGUAGCGAAAAAGAAAAACACUUUAUUAAAUAUCGUUUCCUCAAUUUUGUCACAUACUUACAUUGUAAGAGUAUUGAUCCUAAAAUAAAUGAUACAUUACCAC